AUGCAUUCUCAUCAGAAAAAAGCGCUUCUCAGCUGCUCUGGGAAUCAUGCAGCUGCUAUUGGGAUUUAUGGACACCUUUAUGUAUGAGGCAAAAACACAACUAGCGUCGAAGAAGCCACUCUAUCCCUUACACGUGAAUCUGCACCAGCCAAGGUCCAAGAACGUUUUACCUCCCAGCUCGGCUUCAGUGACCGUGAAAUAACCUACAUAGAAUCACCUAUCCCGCUUAAGCUAAAACAUGACGUUUACCACAUUCUUGCUGACCAAGUCGCCUGUGGGCCCAAUUUUACUUGCAUUAUUGGAAAAGAAAAAGUACCUUUUGACAUUUUCAAGACUGAAGAGGAGGAAGAAGAAGGAAAAGAUGAAUCCCAAGAAGAAACUGAAGACAAAACAGAAGACCCUUUUGACUAUGAAAUAGCAGACGAUGACUACAAGCCUACAAAGGCAGCUCUUGACAAUUUGAGAUCUCCUGAAACAAGCGGAUCUCUAGAAGAAAUCAUAAUGGUUGGAAAACAUCUGAGGUCUGAAAUCACCGGAUAUUUGAGUGAACACAAGCUUGAAAUAAUGACGCUUUUUAAGUCGAGCAGGCUAAAAGAAGUAAGCUUUAUUAAUAUCUUGAAAAAUCAGAUCAAGACUGUAAUCCAUGAAAAUAAACUGACCACGUAUAUUAAGGCUAAAAAUAUGAGGGUCCCUGGCUCAAAGGUAUACUUAAAGCCUAUUUAUGAGCUAGUUAGAAAGUGCAAGGAAAGUCAAGGGACUUUGUUUAUAUUUGGUAAUGACGCUGCACCUAUGAAGGGAGAACAAUAUCAAACCCAAAGAAUAAUAGAACCAACCAUGACCUAUCAUUUGGUGCAGCUGCCUAUAGGAGUGAUUUGUACGAAGGUCAGCUGUGGUGAAAAUUUUGUGCUUGUGCUUUCUAAUGUCGGAGAUGUUUACAGCUGAGGAAAAGUCAAAAUUCCGGCGCUUGGCAUUAAAAAGCCUACCAACUUUACUUCAAUCACUCCUAUGGGGGAGCCGCUGAAGGAUAUAACUGAUAUAGCGUGUGGGAAAUCUCAUUGUUUAGCUUUAAGACAUGGAGGUAUUGUGUAUAGCUGGGGCGAUGGAGAGUUUGGAAAGCUAGGCCAAGGCAAUAAUGAUAGUUUUAGGAAAGCUGAGCCAAUCAAUCUUGAUAAUGAUAACGGCCUUUUUAUCAGAGCUGGAGACAGAAGCUCUUUAUGUGUAGUUGAUUCUGACGUUUUUUAUGCAUGGGGAGACUCAUCUCAAGGCCAGUUUGGUAAAGAAGGGAUCUUUGAUAAGCCUGACAAGAUCAGAACUCUUUUUCCGAUUCAUGAUGCAGCCAUAGGCGAUAAGUGUAUAGUAUUUGUGAGCCAGUAUGGAGAGUUGCAUGUCUAUGGUCCGCGCUCCAUUGCUAGUGAAGGGGAAACUAAUAUUUCUGAGAAGCACAGACAUCUCAGCGAGGUGAGGUUUGAAAUGAUAACUGCAAAAGAUGACGUCUUCUUUGCGCUCACUACAAAUGGCUCAAUUUAUUCUUGGUCUUACAAAAUGGACAUUGACGGUAAGUUCAUUGCACCUCCAAACAUAGGCAGGCCAGUCUCAAAAAAAUACCCAGCAGAAAUUCCUUACGAAAUUUUAUCAGCUUCUCAACAAUUUGUAUCACAUGAAGCUAAAGAAACCAAAGAAACUGAAGAAGUUGAUGUGAUUCAAAAAUCGACUAGGAUAGUUAGAACAGGCUGUUUAGAAGAAAAUACUGUGCUUUUGAGUGACGCUGGGGAAGUUUUUAUAACUGGGAGUGGGAAAUAUGGCCAGCUUGGGAUGACUUUAGAAAGCACCCUUGAAGAAGAUGAAGAAACUAAAGGGUAUGAAGAAACUGAGCCAGAGCUUAAACAAUUUAGUCUUAUCCCAAAGCUUUCUAAUAGACUGCGCUCAAAAAUAGUUUCCAUUGUGUGUGGAUAUCAUCAUGUUAUAGCAAUCAAAAGUGAUGGAGUUUUCUUAGCAUGAGGACUUAAUGCUCAGGGGCAACUUGGACUAGGAAAUUUUGCACAGAAGCAUAAAAUACCGAUGCCUAUUGAAGCUUUAAAAGGAAAAAGAGGAGUUUCAGCUGCCGCUGGAGAGUCACAUACUCUUGUAAUUGUAGAAGAAAACGGUGAAAAAGCAGUUUAUGCCUUUGGGAGUGCAGAAAGUGGUAAACUUGGCCUGGGGAAUAUAAAAAGCACCACACUUAUAGCGACUCCUAGAGAAAUUCCUAGCUUAAAAAACGCAAAGCAUGUGUCUUGUGGAGAAAUUCACUCUCUAGCGAUAGGGUAUGAUGGAAAUAUCUAUACGUGGGGAGAUGGGUAUAAAGGCCAACUAGGCCAUGGGAACAGAGAGUCUUAUCUAGAGCCUAAAGUCUUUUCAGGGACAAUGGAAUGAAAUGCUGCUGAGUGCGGAGCAUAUCAUUCAGCAGCAAUAGAUAGACUAGGCAAGGUAUGGCACUGAGGAGAAAGCAAUUUUACAGAUGAAGAAAGUGGACUGAUCUACGCUCCUAUAAGGUUAAAAGGGCUUGAACAAGUCCCUUUUUCUGCUUUGGCAUGUGGCUAUGGAUAUACAAUGGCAGUCACAGAAGCCAGAAGUACCGUUUAUGCAUGGGGAAAGCAGGUUCAUAUGAGACUUUUCACCUUGAAAAACGAUAUCCCUGAAGGAGAAAACACUGCCAAUCCUAUCCCGAAUACUAUCCCAAACAGAGAAAAAGUCGAGUCAAUAUCAGCUGGAAAAUUCCAUGGGAUCAUCGCCACCAAUGAUGGCAGUGUCUAUGUCUGGGGAUAUGCUUACAAUGGCCGACUAGGCGACCCUGAGGCAACUUUGACCAAUAAAUGCAAACCUUAUGAUGGAAAGCCGCUUGAUCUAAGCUAUAUCUUGACAAAGGUCGAUGAAGACCAAGACGCCAUGAAGACAGAGGACGCCAAACUGACCUUACAAGAGCUGCUUCACAAUGAACCUGACGAGCUUAAAGAAACCAGCAUCAGAGAGUGCGACAAAGAAAAUAUCAAGAAAUUCACUGACUGCAUUGACAGAUUUUUAGAGCUUUCCCAAAUGGACAAAGUCCAAGAAAGCUUUUUCAGCAGGAUUAAGCACAAGCUGUUAUCAAGAAUCCAACAAGAGCCUUUUAAAUGUGUAUUUAAUGACAAAGGUGUUGAAAAAAAUGAAGAAUUAGAAGAAAAGAACUUUUAUUACUGCGCCAUGAUGACUACUUAUCAAAUGCACGCUUGUUACUCAUUUAAGCUGCUGAAUAGGAAUAUCCCAGAUGACCGUAAGCUGAGCUUCAUGAAUUUGAUUUUUACUGAUAUGGAAGAAGACAGGCGGCUUAUUUAUACUGCAAUUUAUCUCUGUCAGAUGCUUCUCAAAAAGAAGCUGGAAGAGGAAAGCAUUAAUUACCCUGAUUUUCUGAACGAUCCUAACUUAUUGUAUAGAAAGCUCUUUGUGAAAACAAUUUGUGCAAGCAGCCAAGAUUAUGAUGUCAUACGAAGCAUUGCGCAUUCCUGCAUCAGCAAUAUGGUCAAUGUUAUAAAUGAUGACCCACAUGGAAUUGACCCAAACCCUAUGGUUGGUCUGAAAACUCAGGCCCAAAAUUUGAUCACGGCUUAUGCUAUGAACAGGAGCAACGUCGAUAAAAGAAUGUCUAAGCUGAAAUCUGUGAUAGAUGCGAUUGCAAUGAACAUUAAAAAGCAUUUACAGUCAAACCCAGUUUCUAGCGUCGUCAUUUUAUUAGUAAAAGAUUUAUUAAUGCAAUGUAAAGCAAGGUUUAAAAAACCUAUUCAUAAGCUGGAGCCUGGAAAAGAGCUGACAAACCGAACAGUGCAUGCUGUGCUUGGGAUGGUUUUUGAGCCAGUCGAAUUCGCCAUAAAAGACCCCACUUCUUAUCUGGUGCCUUUAGAAGCAAGCAUGGAAAAUCAGCAGAAAAACUUGGACUCAUUAGGAGAAGCUGUCAAAGGCUUUUUCGCUGGAGUUCAGCUUGGAGAACCAGAAGAGAGGUGGUAUCGUGAAAUAAAUGAGCUUAAUAUCAACAAUGAGUUGUACCUUGUCAAUAAAAGAGAAAUCGUCAGAGAGAUUUUCACACAAAAGGCUGUUUUAGAAGAAGAAGCAGUCUUAGCGCUAUUUGAGCACUCGCUGAAUCCUACUGAUAAGGUGAUCACUAUAAAUGUGCAAAACCUUGUAAGGCUGCAUAAUGUGACUCAAAGCAACUUAGAAGCUUUGAGGGUGAAUAGUCCCAGUUAUGAUCCGCUCUGCAUAUUAAUGAGCGCUCUUAAAAACGUCCCAUCCCUAAAAUCAUUCGGAAAAAACGAAACAGUUAACCUCAGACUUAUGACAAGAGCCCUCAGACAAGACCAGUCACUUGUAAGAUGUCCUAACUGUUCAAUGCUUGUCCCCAGAGAAAUGGCCCCUAACAACUUUAAGCCUGUUAUCUCUCUUUAUGAUCCAAUGCCCCCUAACUCAGGACAGUAUAUGCUUACUAAAAUCAUGGGUGAAGGCUACAAGAAAAAUGAUAAGGUCAAGAUAUCAGAGUAUUUAAACGAGUACAGAAAUUUAUGCGAAAAAUACAUGAAAGACUUCGACACCAUUGAAAAAAUCACUUUACUGCUGAUUGAUGUAGACACAAAAAUAGCCUCAAAAGAUGAAGUGGCCGUUAUAAGUGACGAAGAUGAAAGAGAAGAUCUCUGUGUGAAGCUUAGAGAAGAAAACUUAAAAGGGACUGAAGCACAGUGCAAAGAAGAGUUCAAAAGGAGAAAAGAACACUAUAUUCAGCAGAAAAAACUGAUGAGCAUGCUGGACAGGCUGGAAAAUGCUUUAAAUCAAUAUUCAGCUACAACCCUGAUCCCUGAAGGUACGAGAAGAAAAGUGCUUUUCAACGUAGAAUACGGAUGCAGCAACAGAGACCUUGAAAAGUUUUCUGACUCCGUCAUAUAUUCCAUCUAUAUGAACAAAAUCAGAGACUACACAGUCAAGAAAACCAUGUCUAUCGAACUUUUUGAAAACCUCAAAGAAGACAUGAAAGACAAUCUACGAGGCUUCUGCAAGCGAACUCUCGCUGAGCUAAAACGGAAAAAAAUCAUCAGUGACUUCAUAAUCCCUCAAAAAUUCAAGCCAAAAGACAUUUACCUUACUUUUGAGAUAGAGGAAGACAUAAUUACUUUUAUCGCGACCUAUUCCCCAAGCAAAAUCAACUUUUUAGGGAGAAAUGACUUUGGGGAGGAACAAAUUUUAUGCAAUGAAAAAUUGACGAUACAUAUGCUGGAACAAAUGAGGGAGGAAGUAAAGCAAGCAAAGGAAGAGGGACAAGAAAAAGUAAGAACGAUUCCUGAACAAAAUAAGGCCUCGACAGUAAAGUUUGAGUUUUUCACAGAUAAGCUGAUCAAGCUUAUUGGGACCAUUGAAGACCAAGUAGCAACAUAUGUGCAGAAUGUGAUUAUUAAUGAAGGAGAAGUGGCAGCUCCAGAGACUCAUCAUAGAGGGUAG